CACGCACGGUGACAGUUUCCUGUAGUUCAGAGGACUCGCAGCUUUUUAAGUAAAGCUACUUAAUCUCAGAUAAACAUGUCUACUGCCAUGAAUUUUGGCUCGAAGUCUUUUAAACCUCGGGCUCCGGAUAAAGGAUCUUUCCCUCUGGAUCAUUUCGGAGAGUGUAAAGACUUUAAGGACAAGUUCAUGAAAUGUCUGAGAGACAGCAGCUACGACAACUCCCAGUGUCGACUGCAGUCCAAAGACUACCUGGAGUGCCGGAUGGAGCAUCAGCUGAUGGCCAAGGAGCCUCUGGAGAAACUGGGAUUCAAGGAUCUGAUGGAUCCUCCUCCCAGCCAAGCGGACAGUAACACUAAACUGUGACUUUACACCACAGCUGCUGUUUCAGAAAUACAAGGAUGGUGUUUCUCUGAACUUGAAAGAUUCAACACUUAGUUGGGGAUAAGAUGAGGCAAAGACUGUUUUGAGUGUGAAGCUGAGAAGGAGGACACUGGUUUGACUUGCCGCCUUAGUUUGAGGUCACAGAGAACGACCUAAUUUUCUCAAUCACUUGUGUACAUAAGAUUAUCAUGUAUAAUAUAUAGAGUUGUUGUUUUGUGGUGUGUCAAUAAAUUCUUUCUAUUUAAACUAAA